AAGCACCUUCGCAGUGCAGGAGAUGGAGAGACUGUGCAGUCUGAUGUUGUCUAAGGAGAAAAGGGUGCAGAGGCAGCAAAUGCUGCAGGCCUGGUGGAGGUCCAGUUCAAGGCAGUAAAUAUGCAGCAGACCAUAACCAUUAUAGAUGCUGUCCACAUCGCAGGGGUCCUCCACGCAGUUACCAGUAGAAUUACCGGAAUAGUGAGAGUGGGGGAAAGGAUGAAGGAUGGAGAGUGCUCCUGAAGGACAGGCCCAACGAAGCCGGCCCUACCGCAGGGAAGGCUCCCACCUGACCACGUGAGAGGCCCUAUGGGCACGGACCACAGUAUUCCAACCUCCUGUGCAGGGAGAAGAGAUGGAGGGUGCUGACAACCAGGGUGCAGGAGAGCAAGGUGGACCAGUGAGACAGAAUAUGUAUCGGGGCUAUAGACCACAAUUCCGCAGGGGUCCUCCUCGCCAAAGACAGCCCAGAGAGGAUGGCAAUGAAGAGGACAAGGAAAAUCAAGGAGAUGACACCCGAGAUCAGCAGCCAGCUCAACAUCGGUGCCGCCACAACUUCAAUUACCGACACAGACGCCCAGGGAACCCUAAACCACAAGAUGGCAAAGAGACAAAAGCAGCCGAUCCACCAGCUGAAAAUUGGUCCAAUCCCGAGGCUGAGCAGGGCGGGGCUGAGUAAAUGCGGCUGACCAUCUUUACCAUCAUCCAGUUUAGUCAUCCAACAAGAAGAAAUGAAUAUGAAAUUCCAGCAAUAAGAAAUGAACAAAAGAUUGGAGCUGAAGACCUUAAGUGCUUGCUUUUUGCCCAUUGACCAGAUAAACUAGAACUAUCUACAUUGAUUAUGCAGCAUGGGGUUUUUAUUAUUUUUACCUAAAGAUGUCUCUGUUUUGGUAAUGACAAACGUGUUUUU